AUUACAGUACAUUAUGAUAUAAGGAUAUUGCCGAGUUAUAGCAAAUCCAUCAGAGUAAAGGAUGAGAUAUUCAUGAACGAUUUAAACGUAAUAGACACCUUUCGGAACGGAGACUUUUCAGACAAAGAAACUAUCAGCCACAAAGAGCUACAUAGCGUUGACCAUAUCUGCAAAGGUAUAUAAACCUUUUCAGCUUACACACUUGAACUCAGCAAAUUGGAAGAUUCGACUGGACAUUAAUAGCUUCUAUACACAAAGUACAACCUAAUUCCAUUCAUUAAUAAAACGAUACAAUUGCUUAUUCGGUUGAUAUUACAUUAUUAUAUGGUGUGAGAUUUCUACCGUGGCAUUGAGCUAUAAAAAUUGUACUAUAAAUCUCGCCAACUAAGCGGAUUGCAACAUUCCUACUAAAGUGAAGCUAGAGCAUCAAUUGAAUUCUUACUUAAUAGGAAAAUUAACCGUCGCUUACUCCAUUCGCAGUUUCUUCAAAAUUCUUGGUUUUAUUCCUGGGAUAAAUAUCUUCCUGACGGAGUGGGAUAGCUGAUUUGAAAUAGAAACAGGACUUGAGUUUAUUCGAAUAUAGACUUCGACCACAGAUUGCUAGCUACGUUCACCAAAAUUAAACACAGAUGAGUGAGAUGUCUAGAAAGAAGGUUAGUCGAAUGAUGCAGAUGGAUAAGAAAAAUGAAGAACAACAACAGAAAACAAGGAAUCUAUUAAAACCAUUUUCCAAACUAUUCGAGGAACCUCCGAAAGUACCUAAACACUCAGAAAAUGACUUAGAGAUUAAAUUGACAAGGGAAUUACCAAAGUACAACCCAAAAUUAUUACAUUAUAAUAAAAGGGAACUAUCAUGCAUGAAAGAAGAGAUGCAAGAAUUAUUAAAUCAAGGAAAAAUCCGUGAAAGUUCCUCCAAGUUUAUGUGCACUCCUCUAAUUAUUCCAAAAAAGGGAACAGAUGAGUACAGAAUGGUAAUCAAUUAUAAGCCUUUGAAUGUAAUAACAAAGCGAGAUAAUUAUCCAUUGAAUAAUUUAGAACAAUUUAUUAGACAUUUAGGCGGAGCUAGAGUCUUUACAACGUUACUUAUAAAGGAUGCCUAUCAACUGCUCAGAAUAAAGAAAGGUGACGAGCACAAGACUGCUUUUAAAACCCCAUUUGGAGUUUACGAAUAUAUGGUCAUACCGUUGGGAUUAACCAAUGCUCCGGCACAUUUUCAGAGAUGUAUCAACAAAGCGUUAUUGCCGUUUCUUGGCGUUUUUAUUAUCGUUUAUUUGGACACCAUCUUAAUUUAUUCUUCUUCAAAGAAAGAACACCAGAAACAUGUGCGAGAAAUAUUAAGAAGAUUAAGGGAAGCUGACUUAUAUCUGGAUCAAGAGAAAUGUUGUUUUUUUCAGAACAAGGUUAAAUUCUUAGGCCAUCUAAUUUCAGAAAAAGGAAUGGAAGUCGAUCCCGAAAGAAUUCAGGCCAUUAUAGACUGGCCGGUACCUGACACUUUUAAAAAGCUAAGAUCAUUCUUAGGUUUUGUUAAUUAUUCUAGGCAAUUUGUGCCGAACUUAUCAAAAUUAUCUAGACCUUUGUAUGACUUAUUAAAAAAGGAUGCUAAAUAUGAAUGGACAGAUCGGCAACAACAAGCUUUUAUGCAGAUCAAGCAAGCAUUUGAAAAUUCUUCUAUUCUCAGACAUCACGACCGAACUAAAGAAACUAGAUUAGAAACAGAUGUUUUUGACCAUGCUAUAGGAGCUGUCGUGUCUCAAAAACAAGACGAUGGAAUAUAUCAUCCGGUUGUAUUCCAUUCAGCAUCACUUACAGGACAACAACGAACUUGGCCAACUUGGGAAAAGGAAGCCUAUGCAAUUAUAACAGCUCUUAGAAAAUGGCCCCACUUGCUUUCAGACCUAGAUAAACCUUUUCAUAUUUUGACUAACCAUGAGGACUUAAUAUCUAGAAUCCGCACAGAUGCUCGUUUAAAAAUGAACAGGUGGACUUCAGAGCUGGAUUGUUAUAUUUUUGACUCCUAUUGUCGACCUAAACGAGACAACCGACACCAUUUCUCGAAAUCAUCUAGCAACAGAAGUUGAUCAUGUAGAGAGCAUCGUGGAUUAUUUGAGAAUUGAAAAUCGACAACACAGGAAUUUCGAGAUACUAUAGAUGGAGCAAGUACUAAUUCCCAAUACUCAGUAGGAGACGGGCUUCUCAUAAACAACAAUCGAGGACAGAUUCUCAUCUCAAAAAUUCAGCAGUUAGUGCAGAUGUAUCAUGACCGACCCCUUCAGGAAGACAUUUUGGCACAAAGCUCACUGAAUUGAAUAAAUGAAAAGUUUUAUUGGAAUGGCAUGACGGUCGACAUUCAAAGUUAUGAAAAAAAUUGCGAUAUUUGCCAACGACAUAAUACAGGAAAAGAUCUAUGGUCUGAGAUUUUUGAAAUAUCAUCAGUACCAGAUAAACCUUGGAAGAAUUUCUUUAUGAGUUUCAUCAUAGGAUUACCAUAUUUUCAAGGCAAGGAGGUUAUUUUGACCGUCGUGGAAUGUUCUACUAAGAUGGCCUUGUUUAUUGCUUGCAACGCAUCAGCCUUGAAGUGAAAUAAUUAAUUAAUAUAUUCAAAAAAAAGGCUGUUUACAUAUAUUCAGAUAGAGAACGUGUCUUUGUUUCCGACCAAAUGGAAAGAAUACGUAAGAUCAUCACAUAAACCUCAGUCCGCCGACGAUUGGAGACAAUAUGAAUGCGAUCAUUCGUUGCACCUUACUCUAACAGUAGUUGAAAAAAAAAACAUAUUUUGGAAAAUUAUCUUCGUUGUUACGCCCAAAAGAAUUAGAAUAAUUGGGUAAAUUAUCUUCCUAAAGCCCAAAUGGUUGUAAUUCAACAGAGCAUCCUGUUACACGAAUCGCUCCUUAUGCUGCUUUCUUUCGCUCUCCAGCCAUAACAAAUGAUCGGGAUGCGUGAAUAUUUGCUGAAACAGGGACAUCCUGUGUAUUGAAUUUCGGUAAUAUCACUAGUGCUAUGCAAGAAAAACCCAGAGAAGUGAAUAAAAAAAUAUAUGGGGAGUUAUGAUCAAGACAAACUUUGGAGUUUUUGAAGCAGACAACUGGGUACCAGGAUGAAGUGGUUAAGUGGGGUAUUUUUCAUCAAAAGAAAAAAUAGAGCCCACAUUUGCCAGUCUUUGUAUCUCCUAGCUAGUUUACCAGGCUUGGACAUUACUAUACAUACCUUAAUCUUAUCGUAAGUAAGUAAUUCCAAAGUAUAUCUGGCUUAGUAUUGAAUUCAAAAAAGUGGAUUUAUUCUACUUAAGUUAUAAUCAUACUUUGGGAGUGAUAUUCCCAUGGUAGAUAUGUGGUAACAUAAACGAAGGGAAAAAUGGAAGGCAGCAAUGAAUAGAGAGCAGUAGCAAGGAAAAGUCAAUUUGGAACGAUAACGAAACAAAGAUAUUCUCAGAAAGGUACUUCUAUAAGAAACUGUAUUGCUUGGGUAGUUAUUCAUAUUACUUGUGUUUACUUACAUCAUGAUACGCGAUGAUUCAACCUCAAAUAGGCAACCGAACAUUUUGUUUGAUGUAGAAGAAAAUCGCUUCAAAUUCGGAAAUUUUUAAAUUGGCCAUUUUUCUACUCGAGUUAACGAUGUUAUAAAAAAAGCGACUCAUAGUAGCAUCGGUUACUUUACAGGUCGCAAAUGUAGUAAACAAUGCAAAAGAAUUACAUCUAUAAGUCACCACCAGUCAUAAUUCUUUGCCUGUUUUUUCUUUGAUUUAAUUCUUCGAUUUAUUAUUUCUUCGUUACGCCUUAACUAGGUAGCACUGCAAAAUGUUUGCUGUAAGUGUUUGUACUCCUCAACAGAAUUUCGAGAAAAACCGACUUUGAUAUGAGAUUAUCGUAAGAAGUACACUGUAGUAGAUCCACGAAAACUAUGAAUAAAACUGG